AUGGAAAAAAUUCUGUUCUGGUGUACUACAUCGAAAGAUAUAUAUAAAGUGAGGAUGCAAACAAUCCAUGAGUUGAUAAAACCGCAAUCCAAAUCGGAGAAAUUUGGUAGGCACGAUUUCCUCUUCCAUCGAAACGCAGCUGAACAAGUAGGCAUUGAUAAUGCUCGUAACCGCUGGUGCGAUAUGCCAGCAAGAAUGCAAAAAUUUUGCGUUUACAGUGGUUCUUAUCGUCACAGUAUAUCAAGGAGCUGCGAAAUGGCUAUCAAUGGAGACGAAUACGAUUUUUUGUACAAAGGUUUGAGACAAAUUGUUUUGACUGAGAUCGCAGUAAAACAGUCUCACUGCAAUCUGCAAACAAUCGAUACCAUUCUCAAGCUAUGUUCUAAUAGACGAUUUACAGUAAUUCUGAUCGGCGACUCUGGGGUUGGCAAAUCAAACCUCUUAUCGCGAUUUGCGAGAAACACUUUCAACCGGGAAUCAAAAUCGACAAUUGGAGUGGAGUUUUCUACUCGAAUUGUUACAGUACGUUUUCUACUGGACUAA